GCCAUCAUUCUUAUUGCACUAUUACUGCCGUAUUGCCAAAUUAGAUUUACAACUUGGCAGCUAAGUAACAUUUACUCGUACAACUUUAGGAAUUAGGAUAUCGCACUAAUGGUAAAUCUAAAACAGACAAUGUCACCUUUGUCUCCAACAGAAAAUUACUGUACUAUAACAUUAGCAAAACAUUGCGGCUUUUUAUUCAGUCUUCAUAGGCUAUUGGUGCAGUUGUCCUGACUAACUAAAGAUAUACUAUCACAACCAAGAGAGAAAUCAUGAAGAUCCUACUGAUAAUCUUCAGUCUUGUUACUUACUUGACCUGUGCUCUGAGUGAUAGCGGCACGCCAAUCUCUCUUGAAAUGGCUUGCAAAAAAGCUCUUUCUGCAGUUACUUGCUCCUUUAAUUUUGCAAACAACGGAAAUGAGGAUUAUUAUCUAUUUAAGCGUAACACUCCUCUUGAAGGAAUCCGUUCUCCAUUCCUUACUAUCACACGUGAGGGAACUCUCAUUUUAUAUGAAGGAAUAAUUGUUUAUCGUCUCCCUCCAACAAAGGAAAACUUUGUUCUCUUGAAGGCAGGCGAGAGUAUUUCUGUAACAGUCCAAAUCACUGAUGCCUUUAGCAUUGAUACUGAUGGUCUCUAUACUGUACAAUACAGUAGACCUUUACAGUAUCUGUCAGUGAAUGAGAUGAGUGCAAUGUCUGUUAAUCAGCUUAGAGAAUCAUCUGUACGUGAAUCAGUUCAGCUUUAUUUAGAGGACACCCAUCUUCUUUUAAAACCAAAAAAGGAAGAAGUAAAAAUAGAUUACACCGUCCACCUCCAGGACUGUGGCAGUGCUAGUUUCUCUAAUGGCGACAAGAACAACAGCCUCACACUAGAUGCUCACAAGAAACUCUGUGAUGGGAUAGACAAGGCUUUAAGAAGAAUUGGCUCUAAUGAUAUCUAUGAGAGAUGGUUCGGAACUUAUACAUUUACAAGAGGGUCAACUGUUAGAAGCACAUACGAUUACAUGAAGACCGGAUUGGACACCAGGAGUCUGACUUAUUAUAACAAUGGGCCAGACUGCAAGUCUAACGAAGCGGCCUACACUACUCCAUCGUAUUGGACGACCACUGUAUACCUCUGUGGUCCUUACUAUGGGCUUGGGACUUAUUGCAGUGGGACUGGUGAUACAAAGGAGAGGAUCCUAGCCCAUGAAUGGUCCCAUGCUCUUGCUAAUCGGGCUGAUGAGGAAUACGGUGUGGACAAGUGUAAGGAGUUGGCGAGGAGCUCUCCAGAUAAAGCGAUUAACAACGCUGACAGCUACAGCUAUCACUAUUGCGAGAGCCAGUGAACAGGCAAAGAACUGAGAAUCUAAUAAUUAAUAACUACAUGUACCGUAAUGCUUUAAUAUUGCUAAUUAUAUAAUUCAUAAAAUAGCUUCUUUAUCUUAGCUUAAUAACAAUAAUAACAUAAAAGUAACUGAUAUAUAAAACUGUUGUGAGUGGUUGAGAGCAUGGGGGCUUUUAAUUUUAAAGGAAUGAGGGUUGCAAGAUUACAAGCAUGAGG